AUGCGCUUCACCACCUUUUCUCUCGUCGCCGUCUCGGCCUUCUCCGGCUUCGCCGCCGCCCAGAGCAGCACCAGCUCGGCUUCCGCCACUGCUGCUUCCACGGUCUCCGAUCCCAGCAGCGUCCCCGCAGCCGACCGCAGCACGUGGUGCCGUGCCCAGCUGCAGUCCUGCCCGACCCUCUGCGGCGGCAGCACCUCCAACAACACCUGCGAUAUCAGCACCCUCACCUACAACUGCACUUGCGACCCGGUCAUUGCCAACUUCAACGUGUCCGACUUCGAGCAGACGCUGCCGUCGCUCGAGUGCCAGUACGCCGUGGCGCAGUGCACUUCCAACCACCCCGACGACGCCGUUGGCCAGGCUGCCUGCCAGUCGGUUGUUUGCGGCUCGAAGAACGUCACGUCUCAGGUCAGUGCCUCGAGCAGCUCCGCUUCGGCAUCGGCCACGGCGUCGUCGACCGCCGCUGCGUCGGGCAGCGCCUCGGGCUCGAGCGCCGCGGCGACGACCACGGCGGCCAGCGCCGGCAUCGCCUUUGGCAAGACGUACGGUUCCGGCGCGCUGAUCGCCGGUCUGCUGGCGGCUUUCGGCUUCGCUCUGUAA